AUGGCCCAGCAGCCUGACGGGCAGGAGCUAGUCUCCUCCCUCUGGACAAGAUCCCUUCUUUCCGGCGCUGUCGCAGGUCUAACCGUAGACUGCUCUCUCUACCCACUCGACACAAUCAAGACUCGUCUCCAAAAAGCACGCGAUCCUAACGCACCCCAAGCACCCCGCCUCUCCCUCCGCCAAACAGUUCGUGGCAUAUACGCCGGCCUCCCAUCUGUCCUCUUCGGCUCUGCUCCCUCAGCCGCCUCCUUCUUCAUAGUCUACGAUGGCGUCAAGCGCGCUCUCCUUCCUCAACAGCCCUCAUCUCCGUCUGACCUCCCCUCCCGAAGUCACAUCAUUCUCACCCACUCCGUGGCCUCUUCUCUUGGUGAAAUCGCCGCCUGCGCAGUCCGCGUCCCAACAGAAGUCGUCAAGCAGCGCGCCCAAGCCGGCCUUUUCGGCGGCUCGACAUUGCUCGCGCUGAAAGAUAUCCUAGCCCUGCGACAUGCCCAGCCCGCCUCCGCGGAACUCGGCGCUGCAAGCUCUGCGCCGGUGAAGCGCGGGUAUGGACAGGUCUUCCGGGAACUGUACCGUGGUGCGGGUAUCACGAUUGCCCGCGAGAUCCCGUUCACCGUUCUCCAGUUCACGAUGUGGGAGUCCAUGAAGGAGGCUUACAGUAAGCGCUACCUUCGGCAAGGUCCUGGGGCCGUACCGGGGUCUGCAGAGACACAGAUUCCUGUUUCGACGAGUGCCUUCUUUGGUAGCAUUGCGGGUGCGAUUUCUGCAGGGUUGACUACGCCGCUGGAUGUUAUCAAGACUCGGGUUAUGCUGGCGCGGAGAGGAGAUGGAGGCGCUGAUGCGCCAGUGAGGGUGAGAGAGAUCGUGAGGGGUAUUGCGGCGGAGGGGUAUGGUGCUUUCUGGCGUGGGAUUCAGCCUCGAGUGGCUUGGAUUGGUAUUGGUGGGGCGGUCUUUUUGGGUAGUUACCAGUGGGCCUGGAAUACUUUGGAAGGCAGGAAAGCGAGGCAGGACUCGGAGUGA